AUAGAUCACUUUGAGCUCUAGCCACUCUUCAUUUUCACACAGAAUACACAUCUCUCCCUUAACUAGCUUCCCUCUACCUGCCAUGGCACCCAAUGGAGAAACCCUAGUCACCUCCUUCUCUCUGAAGAAGUUCGCGAACAAUCCUCAGAAGCCUCGAAAGUUCUCGAUGGAAGGCUUACAGCGGACGAUUUCCGACCUCUCCUUCGAGCUGAGCAAAGACGCGACGGAGACGCAACUCCCUCCGAUAUCCGAAGUGGAGGACGCAAAGUGCGAGUGCUGCGGCAUGUCCGAGGAGUGCACGCAGGAGUACAUCCGCCGCGUUCGCGACAAGUUCAACGGUAAGUGGAUAUGCGGGCUGUGCUCGGAGGCGGUGAAGGAAGAGGCGGAGAAGAACGGAGGGGGACGGGACAAGGCCCUCGACACACAUAUGAGCGUGUGCUCGAGGUUUAACAGGCUCGGGAGGACACAGCCAGUCCUGCUUCAGGCCGAGGCGAUGAGGGAGAUGCUGAGGAAGUCGUCGAAGAUGGCGAGGUCGAAAUCCAGUAACCCUAGAGAUAGGGAGAAUCUGAAGAAAGGAGGCAUCAUGAGGAGCUCCAGUUGCAUUCCUGCAAUAACAAAGGACAUGACUGAGAGAACACACCUGUGAAUUAAUUAAGCUACUUAUAUAUAUAUAUAUAAGGGAUUAGAGUAUCUGUAAUUAGCUUAAGGCUUUUUGGUGGGGAUCAUUAUGUUAACUUCACAUUUUAUAGUUUUUUUUUUUUAUGCAUAUCUAGUGAAGUUGGAACUAAUACUAGCUAGCUAGUUCCCUCAGUUCCACCGUUUGGGUUACUUGGUCCAAUGUAAUAUAUAUAUAUCCUCUAUUUGAGUAGCUUGUUAUUUCCUGUGAUUUUGUAAUUACUGCAUGCAUGGAAUUGUUAUUCCUCCCUAUGUGUACGUAGUCAGAGAGAUGAA